AUGUCGGACACGGGGCUGGCCCCGGGGCCGUUACCGACCCACACCGGAGCCCCGGGGCUGCUGUGUCGCCCCCCUCUGCUGGUGCCGGCGGUCAUUUACACGUCGCUGGCCUUCCCGCCCUCCGCAGCGGCGCUGCCCGUUCCCGGCGCCUGCGGCCCCUGCGCGCGGGGCCGACCGGGAAGGGCACGGACGGCACCUCGGCGCUCGGGGGGACCCGCCGCCGAAAAUCCGCAGCGGGGAGGCCCUCGCGGCCGGAAGAAGCUUUCGGGGGACUCGAGGGGCUCUGGGCCCUCACCCACCAUGGGGGUUUUGUGGCUGGCCAGGCUGGUGCUGGGAUGUACGGCGGUGGCGUGCGUGGGGCACGCCCGGGCGCAGUACGAGGGGGACCUGCAGACGGACAGAUUCGCCGGCUACGAGGAGAGGCCGCCCAGCAGGGUGAGGAGGAGAGGCCAGGACUCGUUACGAGGGCCCAAUGUCUGCGGCUCCAGGUUCCAUUCCUACUGCUGUCCCGGCUGGAAAACGCUGCCCGGAGGGAACCAGUGCAUUGUCCAUUAUCGGACCGGGCCGUGCUUCAGCCAAGUGAACAACCAGAUGUGCCAGGGCCAGCUCAGUGGCAUCGUCUGCACCAAGACCAUGUGCUGUGCCACCAUCGGCCGGGCCUGGGGACACCCCUGUGAGAUGUGUCCUGCCCAGCCCCAUCCCUGCCGCCGGGGCUUCAUCCCGAAUAUCCGCACCGGGGCCUGCCAAGAUGUGGAUGAGUGCCAAGCCAUCCCUGGCCUCUGCCAAGGUGGGAAUUGCAUCAACACCGUGGGUUCCUACGAGUGCAAGUGCCCUGCAGGACACAAGCAGAGCGAGACCAGCCACAGGUGUGAAGACGAGUACCGCAGGCUCUGCAUCGAGGGACUCCCGGUCGUGCCAGGCUUCCCUGGGAACUUUCCAGGAAUCCCUGGAUUCGGGCCCAACGGCGUCGGGCCGGGACUCAACGGGCCCGGCGGCAUCGGACCAAACGGGGCGAACGGACAAGGCGGGAUCCCAGGGCUGCCUGGAAUGGGCCCAGGAAGCUCGAGCAUUGAUGUGGACGAGUGCUCCAGCAGCCCCUGCGUGCACGGCGACUGCGUCAACACCCCGGGCUCCUACCACUGCAAGUGCCACGAGGGCUUCCAGAGCACCCCCACCAAGCAGGCCUGCAUUGACAUCGACGAGUGCAUCAUGAACGGGGUGAUGUGCAGGAACGGCCGCUGCGUCAACACCGACGGCAGCUUCCAGUGCAUCUGCAACGCUGGCUUUGAGAUCACCCCUGAUGGCAAGAACUGUGUUGACCACGACGAGUGUGCCACCACCAACAUGUGCCUCAACGGGAUGUGCAUCAACGAGGACGGAAGCUUCAAGUGCAUCUGCAAGCCCGGAUUCGUUCUGGCUCCCAACGGGCGCUACUGUGUCGACAUCAACGAGUGUGCCCUGAACCCGGACAUCUGCCCCAACGGGAUGUGUGAGAACCUGCGGGGCAGCUACCGCUGCAUCUGCAACCUGGGCUACGAGUCUGACCCCACGGGCAAGAACUGCGUGGACAUCAACGAGUGCACGUCCAACCCGUGUGUGAACGGCGUGUGCCGGAACAACGCCGGCUCCUUCGCCUGCGAGUGCUCCCCGGGCAGCAAACUGGACCCCACUGGCACCAUCUGCGUGGACACUGCCUGUCCCCGGGGAUACGCCCGGAUGAAGGGGGUCACCUGUGAAGACGUGAACGAGUGUGAGGUGUUCCCCGGUGUCUGCCCCAACGGGCGCUGCGUCAACUCCGCCGGCUCCUUCCGCUGCGAGUGCCCCGAGGGGCUGACCCUGGAUGGCACUGCCAGGACAUGUGUGGGCUCCGUGGGCUCGGCCUGGGGCAGCGACUGCGAGGAGUGCCCCAAGCCGGGCACCGGCGAGUUCAAGGCCAUCUGCCCGCGCGGGCCCGGCUUCGCCAACCGCGGGGACGUGCUCUCGGGGAGGCCCUUCUACAAAGAUGUGAACGAGUGCAAGGUCUUCUCCGGCCUCUGCACUCACGGCACGUGCCGGAACACCAUCGGCAGCUUCCGGUGCAUCUGCGGCAACGGCUUCGCUCUGGACGCCGAGGAGAGGAACUGCACGGACAUCGACGAGUGCCGCAUCUCGCCGGACCUGUGCGGCCACGGCACGUGCGUCAACACCCCGGGCAGCUUCGAGUGCGAGUGCUUCGAGGGCUACGAGAGCGGCUUCAUGAUGAUGAAGAACUGCAUGGAUAUCAACGAGUGCGAGCGGGACCCGCUGCUGUGCCGGGGCGGGAUCUGCAUGAACACCGACGGCAGCUUCGAAUGCAUCUGCCCCCCUGGCCACGAGCUGACAGCUGAGGGCAACACCUGCAUAGAUAUCAACGAGUGCUCCCUCAGUGACAACCUGUGUCGCAACGGGCGCUGCGUCAACGUCAUCGGCACCUACCAGUGCUCGUGCGACUCGGGCUUCCAGGCCACGCUGGACAGGCAGGGCUGUGUUGACAUCGACGAGUGCACCAUCACCAACGGGGGCUGUGACACCCACUGCUCCAACUCGGAGGGCAGCUACGAGUGCAGCUGCAGCGAGGGCUACGCGCUCAUGCCAGACAAGAGGUCCUGUGCAGACAUCGAUGAGUGUGAGGAUAAUCCUGACAUCUGUGAUGGGGGGCAGUGCACAAACAUCCCCGGCGAGUACCGGUGCCUCUGCUUCGACGGCUUCAUGGCAUCCCUGGACAUGAAGACCUGCAUUGAUGUGAACGAGUGUGACCUCAACCCCAACAUCUGCCUGCACGGCGAGUGUGAGAACACCAAGGGCUCCUUCAUCUGCCACUGCCAGCUCGGCUACUUCGUCAAGAAGGGAACCACAGGGUGCACAGACCUGGACGAGUGUGCAACCGAAGAGCACAAGUGCAACCUCAACGCCAACUGCGUGAACACGCCCGGCUCCUACCGCUGCGCCUGCCGCGAGGGCUUCAACGGCGACGGCUUCUCCUGCUCAGAUGUGGAUGAGUGUGCAGACAACGUGAACCUGUGUGAGAACGGGCAGUGCCUCAAUGCCCCCGGCGGGUACCGCUGCGAGUGCGAGAUGGGCUUCAACCCCACCGAGGACAGCAAGGCCUGCCAGGACAUCGAUGAGUGCACCUUCCAGAACAUCUGUGUCUUUGGCACCUGCCAGAACCUGCCCGGGAUGUUCCGCUGCGCCUGCGACGAUGGAUAUGAGCUGGACAGGAGUGGAGGCAACUGCACAGACAUCAAUGAAUGUGCAGACCCUGUGAACUGCAUCAACGGGCUCUGCGUCAACACCCCCGGCAGCUACUUGUGCAACUGCCCCCAGGACUUCGAGCUGAACCCCACUGGGGUGGGCUGUGUGGACACCCGUGUCGGGAAUUGCUUCCUGGACACCCAGGACCGAGGAGAUGGGGGGAUCUCCUGCAGUGCAGAGAUCGGAGUCGGGGUCACUCGGGCCUCCUGCUGCUGCUCCCUGGGCCGUGCCUGGGGCAACCCCUGCGAGCUGUGCCCUCCAGCCAACACCACUGAGUACAAGACCCUGUGCCCUGGAGGGGAAGGAUUCCGGCCCAACCCCAUCACUGUCAUCCUGGAGGAUAUCGACGAGUGCUCUGCCCACAUCGGGAUCUGCGGCCCCGGCACCUGCUACAACACCCUGGGCAACUACACCUGCGUGUGCCCCCCCGAGUACAUGCAGGUCAACGGAGGGAACAACUGCAUGGACAUGAGGAAGAGCGUGUGCUACCGCAACUACAACGACACGUGUGAGAACGAGCUCUCCUUCAACAUGACCAAGAAGAUGUGCUGCUGCUCCUACAACAUUGGCAAGGCCUGGAACAAGCCCUGUGAGCCCUGUCCCACCCCUGCCAGCCCCGAGUACCAGAUCCUGUGUGGAAACCAAGCCCCUGGAUUUAUCAUCGACAUCCACACGGGGAAGCCCAUUGACAUCGACGAGUGCAGCAGUGGGGAGAACCUGUGCCAGCGCAACGCCGACUGCAUCAACAUCCCGGGCAGCUACCGCUGCGAGUGCUCCACGGGCUACAAGCUGUCCCCCAGCGGGGCCUGCGUGGGUCGCAACGAGUGCCAGGAGAUCCCCAACGUGUGCAGCCACGGGGACUGCGUGGACACCGACAUUGAUGAGUGUUCAUCCCUGGUGGGGCAGGUGUGUCGGAACGGCCAGUGCAUCAACAGCGUCGGCUCCUUCCAGUGCCUGUGCCAGGAGGGGUACGACCGGACCCCUGACGGGAAGAACUGUGUGGACAUCAACGAGUGUGUGAGCCUGCCUGGCACCUGCUCCCCGGGCACCUGCCAGAACCUGGAGGGCUCCUUCCGCUGCAUCUGCCCCCCGGGCUACGAGGUGCAGAACGACAACUGCAUCGAUAUCAACGAGUGCGAAGAGGAGCCCAACAUCUGCCUUUUUGGGACGUGCACCAAUACCCCUGGCAGCUUCCAGUGCGUCUGUCCCCCGGGCUUCGUGCUGUCUGACAACGGCCGGCGCUGCUUUGACACUCGCCAGAGCUUCUGCUUCACCCGCUUCGACAACGGGAAGUGCUCCGUCCCCAAGGCCUUCAACACCACCAAGGCUCGGUGCUGCUGCAGCAAGAUGCCAGGGGAGGGCUGGGGAGAUCCCUGCGAGCUGUGCCCUCAGGAGGGGAAUGUUGCCUUCCAGGAGCUGUGUCCGUACGGCCACGGAGCCAUCCCAGGCCCCGGUGACACCCGAGAAGAUGUCAAUGAGUGCUCGGAGAACCUGGGGGUCUGCAUCAACGGGGCCUGCAUCAACACCGACGGCUCCUUCCGCUGCGAGUGCCCCUUCGGAUACAACCUGGACUACACRGGGGUCAACUGCGUGGACAUCAACGAGUGCUCCCUGAACCCCCUGCUCUGUGCCUUCCGCUGCAUCAACACCUUCGGCUCCUACGAGUGCACCUGCCCCUCUGGAUACGCCCUGCGAGAGGACAGGAGGAUGUGCAGAGAUCUGGACGAGUGUGCGGAGGGGCUGCACGACUGCGAGUCCCGGGGGAUGCUGUGCAAGAACCUCAUCGGCACCUUCAUGUGCAUCUGCCCGCCAGGGAUGCAGCGCAGGCCCGAUGGGGAGGGCUGCACAGAUGAGAACGAGUGUCGGACCAAGCCUGGGAUCUGCCCCAACGGGCGCUGUGUGAACACAGCGGGGAGUUACCGCUGCGACUGCAACGAGGGCUUUGAAGUCAGUCCCUCUGGCACCGAGUGCAUCGACACCCGCCAAGGGUUCUGCUUCACCGAGGUGCUGCAAACCAUGUGCCAGAUGUCCUCCACCAACCGCAACCUGGUCACCAAAUCCGAGUGCUGCUGCAACAGCGGGCGCAGUUGGGGCCCCCAGUGCGAGCUCUGCCCCCUCCCUGGCACUGCCCAGUACAAGAAGAUGUGUCCCCAUGGCCCAGGAUACUCCACUGAUGGCAGAGACAUCGAUGAGUGCAAGGUCCUGCCCAACCUGUGCAGGAACGGGCAGUGCAUCAACAGCAUCGGCUCCUUCCGCUGCCACUGCCGGCUGGGCUACACCGCCGACAUCACGGGCACGGCCUGCGUGGAUCUGGACGAGUGUAACCAGUCCCCCAAGCCCUGCAACUUCAUCUGCAAGAACACAGAAGGCAGCUACCAGUGCUCCUGCCCCCGAGGGUACAUCCUGCAGGAGGAUGGCAAGAUCUGCAAAGACUUGGACGAGUGUUCCACCAAGCAGCACAACUGCCAGUUCCUCUGUGUCAACAUCAUCGGGGGCUUCAACUGCAAGUGCCCCCCUGGCUUCACUCAGCACCACUCGUCCUGCAUCGACAACAACGAGUGCACGGCUCAGCCCUCACUGUGCGGAGCCAAAGGGCAGUGUCUGAACACCCCGGGCAGCUACAACUGCGAGUGCCAGAAAGGAUUCUCCCUGGACAGCUCUGGGGUCAACUGUGAAGAUGUGGACGAAUGUGACGGGAACCACCGGUGCCAGCACGGCUGCCAGAACGUGCUGGGGGGGUACAGGUGUGGCUGCCCCCAGGGCUACGUCCAGCACUACCAGUGGAACCAGUGUGUGGACGAGAACGAGUGUUCCAGCCCCACCGCCUGCGGCUCUGCCUCCUGCUACAACACCCUGGGCAGCUUCAAGUGCGUGUGUCCCUCGGGCUUUGACUUCGACCAGGCCUUCGGGGGCUGCCAGGACGUGGACGAGUGCUCGGCCGGGGGCAGCCCCUGCAGCUACGGCUGCUCCAACACGGAACGGGGGUACCUGUGCGGGCUGCCCGGCGGCUCACUUCCGGCGGGACAAGGACACUGUAUCUCUGGCUUGGGCUUUGGGAAAGGUCCCUACCUGCCUGCCCCCCAGGAAGAGGAUGAGGACAACCUGCUCUCCCCCGAGACCUGCUACGAGUGCAAGAUCAACGGCUACCCCAAGAGGGGCCGGCAGCGCCGCAGCCUCAACGGCACCGAGAGGCACCAGGACCACGCUGUGAACUUGGCCAGCAUGGACGUGGAGGCCCCGCUGUCCAUGACCCUGAACCUCUCGGACCUGGCGCGCAAGGAGCACAUCCUGGAGCUCCUGCCGGCCGUGGAGCCCCUGGAGAACCGGGUGCGGUACCUCAUCUCCCAGGGCAACGAGGAGGGCUAUUUCCGCAUCCACCAGAAGGAAGGGCUCAGCUUCCUCCACCUGGGCCGCAAGAAAAUCCUGCCCGGCACGUACCUGCUGGAGAUCGUGAGCGUGCCCUUGUACCGCAGGCGGGAACUGCAGAAACUCGAGGCCAAGAACCACCUCGACUACUUGGCGGGGGAGCUGGGCCAGGCACUGAGGAUGAAGCUCCAGCUCCAGCUCUACUAAAAAAAAAAAAGAGAAACCCCCCCCACGGGAUCCAUCCACCCACCCACCCCGACAGUCACGGCCCUUCUCCUCUCGCCAUCCACGCCUCGGGGACAAACGGGCUCCUCCUCUCGCGCCGCCGCCCCCCUCCUGCCAC